CAGGAGGCGGCUACGGGCUGAAGUUGGGCUGGUCUCCCUAGGAGCAGCAGCCACAACAAUCCCGCAGUUCAAAGUUAAGAAGCAAUUACACAACUUCCAGCAACUCUCUCAGCCGGCUGCUAAUGAGCUGAAAGCCAGGAACAUCUGAGGAGGUGAAAAGGAAGAGUCCAGCCCUCCGCCUUUCACCGGAGGGACCCAGGCACCCCUCCCCAGGCCCAGAUCACUCUUCCACAAGGACUGUGUUUUCUUUGCUGGCCUUACCGGACAGACUAUGGCUCCCUUUGGAAGAAACAUAUUGAAGACGCGACACAAGAACAGAUCUCCAACUAAGGACAUGGAUUCCGAAGAGAAGGAAAUUGUGGUUUGGGUUUGCCAGGAGGAAAAGAUUGUCUGUGGAUUAACUAAACGCACCACCUCCACCGACGUCAUCCAGGCUUUGCUGGAGGAGCAUGAAGCUACCUUUGGAGAGAAGCGAUUUCUUCUGGGCAAGGCCAGCGACUACUGCAUCGUGGAGAAGUGGAGGGGCUCAGAGCGGGCCCUUCCUCCCCUGACGAGGAUCCUGAAGUUGUGGAAGGCUUGGGGAGAUGAGCAAGCCAAUAUGCAGUUUGUUUUGGUUAAAGCUGACGCUUUUCUCCCUGUUCCACUGUGGAGGACGGCUGAAACUAAACUUGUGCAAAACAGUGAGAAGCCCUGGGAGCUCAGCCCGGCCAAUUACAUGAAAACUUUACCACCGGAUAAACAAAAACGAAUCGUCAGGAAAACCUUUCGGAAACUGGCGAAAAUCAAGCAGGACACGGUUUCUCACGAUCGAGACCACAUGGAGACUUUAGUUCAUCUAAUCAUUUCUCAGGAUCACACCAUUCACCAGCAAGUACAAAGAAUGAAAGAGUUAGAUAUGGAAAUUGAAAAAUGUGAAGCUAAGAUCCACCUGGACCGGGUAGGGCAUGAUGGGGACAAUUACGUUCAGGAGGCGUAUUUAAUGCCCAGGUUCAGCGAAAAUGAGCCAAAGCUAGAUUUUCCACCUGAGGACAGCCAGGCUCCGAUGGACCUGAACGACAGCGAGGGGAUGGCACAGCUGGAGGAACGAUUGCAAUACUACAGGGUGCUCAUCGAAAAGCUCUCCGCGGAAAUUGAGAGAGAGGUGAAGAGCUCGGGCAUGGACGGAAGUGAAGAUCCAGAGGGGGCAGCGGCCUGGGAACUCGAAAACUCUGAUUUGGAGAACGUGAAGUGCGAUUUGGAGAAGAGCAUGAAAGCUGGGCUGAAAAUCCACUCUCACUUGAGUGGUAUCCAGAAAGAGAUUAAAUACAGUGACUCACUGCUUCAGAUGAAAGCAAGGGAAUACGAACUCCUAGCCAAGGAGUUCAGUUCGCUUCACCUUAGCAACAAAGAUGGAUGCCAGCUAAAAGAAAAUAGAGGAAAGGAAUCCGGCGCUCCCAGCAGCGGUGAGGAGAUCCCUCCAUUAACUCCAGGGCUGUUGAACACAUACAAUGACACAGAUUCGGAUACUGGCAUCAGCUCCAACCACAGCCAGGACUCCGAAACGACUCUGGGCGAUGUUCUGCUGUUGUCAACAUAACUCAGAUGCCUUCUUUCUGACGACUACUCAUGUUUUGUGUGAUUGAAUGAGAAACUCUGUUCCAUAUACGACUCUGUGAAAGUGUAAACCGUGCUAAAAUAUCUAGUAGUUAAUAAAUAAAAAGCUAGUGGACAUCGUUGUUCGUUUACAUAGAGUGCUUCCAAUUUGACUUAAUUACAGGUUCAAGCAAUGUACUGUGUAUUAGGGAUGCAGGAGAUCUAGUCCGUGGUUACAUAACACAGAGACAAUGAUUGACCGUUCCCCCACAUGAGACAGGAAGGACAUGAACUUGAAAACAGUUCUCAACUUUGUUCAUCAAACUAUCCAUGCUGCAAGCUGACAACAUUGAAUCAUUAGAAUGUUUAAAGUCUAUAAAGUACAGGUCAGCUCCUAUGUUGCAUGUGUCCUAGAUGGAUUAAUUCAAAUCUUGCUUUUUCAAUUGUCAGGUUGUAAAAUGUAUUUGGUGUGUGUGUGUGUGUGUGUGUGUGUGUGUGUGUGUAUGUGUGUUGCUUUUUGGCUGCUGUCUGUUUAAGUCUAAGGGACAGGAAGCUGUUGGGACAUGCAUAAUUCCUGACAGUGAACCAGUUUGGGCACAGAAGUGGCAAAGUCAAGUGCUACAGACACUCAGCUUUCUUCCCCCUAAGCACAUUCAACAUGAUCACAAACUAUACAUAAAUUCUUCCUAUCUACCCAUUAGAUCGUCUAUCAAACAAUGCUGUAGGUUCAUUAUUUUGGAAGUUAGAGUGUAGGUUACUGAAGAACUCAGUCAUAAUUGUAUUUAUACCCUCCCAACUGCAUACAUUGAAGUGGAAUUUACUGUCCUUUGUGUAUAUAGCAGUGUUUUGUUCUCUGCGAACAGAGUAGAAUUGAAUGUUUAUUCUAGUAUCCCGUAAGCCAGCUGUCAGGAUUUCCAGGGUGGUUAAAAGAGCUCAGAACUUUUAAGCUGCCCUAAGCACACUAAGGGAAAUUCAAGAGAUUGAAUGGAUUAUCUGGAUUCUGUCUUCACUCUCAGUUAGAAUGUUUUGCUUGAUUUUAAAACAGAUAUUUACCCCCCUCCUAGCUUAUUUUUUCUUCAUACCUCUCUUUUUCUUCUCCCUUCUUCAAAGCCAAGGCAGAAUGUCAUCAGAGCCAAAAUAAUUAAUUCAUUAUUUUGUCGUGAACUGAAUACCGAUGUACCUUAGUUUUCUUGAGUUGGCCAAUUUCACGCAGGUCAGACUACAUAAAGUAGACAUGUUAGUUGAUGUAUUUAUAGUAUGUGUGCAUUAGGUAUUAUUCCUAGAACAUUUCUCUUUUAUACAAAUUGAUUCAACCUUUAAAUGUUUUCUCUUUUAAAGUUUGAAAGUUUUAAAGAUUUUAUCAGUUUUA